UUAAUUUUGCGCCACAGUUUAUAAAUAUACCCGCGAAUUUUCUGUUUACUUUAUUAUCAGAGAAAUUGUUUAUCUGUGAUACACAUUAGAGUUUUCGGUGCCGGUUAAUCAGUGAAUCUCAAGAUGAACAGAUGGCUGCAAAUACUGUUCUUUAUUUUAACAAUAGGACUGUCGAGGGCGCACCAUUUCAUGAAGGUGGUUAUUUUAGCUGCUAUGGGAUUAGCUGGAUUGUGGAUGGUCCACACACUUGCUCAGGACUACGAUAAGAUCAGUCACAAUUUCGGCAGUAAUUUGGGCAAGUUGACUCAAUCGUUCGGACUAGCAAGCGCCGGUCAGGAAGACGACACCAAGCAACUGUUUAAACGAUCCCUGGAAGCGAAACAGCCACCGGAAAUUAAUUGGGAUUUGGUAUUGUCCAGAGACCCGGCCAGUUGUGCAAGGAGUUUUAUUUGUCAGUUAGUAGCGCAACAAGAAUCUACACUCAAGAGGGAAGAAAAGAUAAUUCUUCACUUAGCCAAUUAUUCCGCGCAAAAGGACACUUGGGCCAGUAAACAACUGCAAGAAGCCUUUAAACAUGGGCAACAGAACAGCCCCAACCAAUGUCUAAAAAUUUAUAAAUAUUGUCCGUAUUCUAGUCAAACUAUGACAAAUUUGAUUAAAAUAUUUGGAAGGUAA